AAGCCGAUGCCUGUGUAGCAAUCAUCUAAUAUCAGUUAAGCGUUCAAAGGCGUACGUUCCAGCGGCCUCUACAUUCUCACAAUCUCACUAAAUCAUAAGAAACUGAUUCAAGAUGGCUGCUCCUAACCACACAAUUUACAUCAACAACCUCAAUGAGAAGAUCAAAAAGGAUGAACUCAAGAAGUCCUUGUAUGCCAUCUUCUCUCAGUUCGGUCAGAUCCUGGACAUCGUAGCUCUCAAGACUCUCAAGAUGAGAGGUCAGGCUUUUGUUAUCUUCAGAGACAUCACCUCAGCUACUAGCGCUCUACGAUCAAUGCAGGGCUUCCCCUUCUAUGACAAACCCAUGAGGAUAGGUUACUGCAAAACCAAGUCAGAUGCCAUCGCCAAGAUGCAAGGAACCUACGUCCCAAGAGAGAAGAGAGUAGAGAAGAAGAAGGUCGAAGAGCCGGUAAAGGGAAGGAAGAACAGGCAAAACAGACACGCUGACGUGGUCAUCCCCCCUCCCUCACAGAUCCCCAUGCCUGGAGCUCCCCCAGCAGCCAACCAGCCCCCACCCCUCCUGGGUGAGAUGCCCAUGCAGAUGGGACAACCUCCCAUUCAAGUACCAACGGCGCCAGCACCAGUUGUUCCUGAUGAGCCUAAUAACAUCCUCUUCCUCACAAACCUACCUGAAGAAACCAAUGAACUAAUGCUGGAGGUCUUAUUCAAACAAUUCAACGGAUACAAGGAGGUCCGUCUUGUCCCCGGACGACAUGACAUCGCGUUCGUGGAGUUCGCCAACGAACAACAAUCGGGAACGGCCAAAGAUGCGUUACAAGGAUUCAAAAUCACGCCGACAAACACUCUUAAAAUCGCUUAUGCCAAAAAGUAGUUUCAUUCCCUUUCUGUGUAUGAUUACAACUGAACAUGUACUGUUGCCUAUCAUUUUGGGACUUCCCUUAGUUGUGGCAAAAUGGUAUUUUUCUAAAAAAAAUUACUGGGUUGAAAAAUAUUAUUUAAACCUGAACAAACAUACCUGAUGAACGGCUCUAACUACAGUUAAAGAUAGUGAUCUCGGCAUGACUAGAGGAUGUUUAUUCAGACAUUUUCAUUUGCCUCAAAGUCUCAAUUAUACUACUUUGAAAAAAGAAAGUUUCUGUCUUGGUAGAAUUAUUCUGGGACCCGUUUCACAAAGCCUUUUUUCAAUGACAAAUGACAAAAGUUCAUUGACAAAUCUGCUGAUAACCAAUCAGAAGCAAGGAUUUCACUCCUGUCCAGUCAUUUGUCACUGAUGACAAGUCUUGUGAAAUGGGGCCCUGAUGUUAAUGACAACCUGAUCCCACAUUCAUCACGUUGCUACUGAUUGAGUGUCGGUGCGUCCACACUGGAAGUGUUUUCUGGUUCAUCUCAGUUGCUCAUCCAUAGAAGUUGCCAGCGAAUCUUCACAGUGGGAACCGUGUUAUAUUAAAAAGGUCAAGUUACAUGUUUUCAUUCUUUAACAUGUGUUAGAAAUUUUUAGUUCCUGAUGAUUAGUGACCUAAAGGUUUAGGGCUUGUGAUAAUGAAAUAAAUCUCAUCUUCAAUAGGUGAAAUAGGCCUACCAUCUAAAUUGUUUUCUUUGUAGAUGAAUUUUGGGAUGAUUUUUUUCCAGAUGGUACCUGAUUGUUAAUUUUUAAAAAAUUAGGUUAUAUUUUUAAUUUUCUUCUCCUUUUGCUAAUUUAAACACAUCAAAACAAAAUUAUAUAAUGAUGUGUCUUCAAGUGAUGUAUGUAUUUGGUCAUGUAUAUUGAAUACCACUUUACGAUAAGAAAUAAUUAUAUUUUCCCCUGAAAAAUGUGAUAUAUUCGUUAAAUUUCUGAGCUCUUUCAAAAUUGGGAAUCAUGUGAUGGGUUCAAGUGAGUCACAUGAUGUUAUGCAAGUCACAUGAUAUGUGUGUUCAAGUCACAUGACCUGUGACCUUGAUCAAGCUGACCUGCUUUUCCUUGCGUGUCCCAUGUUGCAUUGCACACUCCUGCACAUGGCACGUAUCUCUCAACAGCUCCUUCAAAGCUGCUUUCUGAUUGGUCAUCGACUGGUCACAUCCACCAAUCACAGCUCAGCUAGUGUAGGUAUAACAUGGUUUGUAUAGAAUCACACCACACGACUAUCCAUGCAUGGGGCUAGGUUUAAAGUUGUUAAAAUCAACAAAGAGCUGGAAAAGAUUUUCUCUUGAUAACGUAGCAUAAUUUUAUCUGGGGCUACUUGCCUGAAAAUGUUGCUUUUAAAGCCCCACUGCACUACUUAUAGCUACUUGCGCCUUCUCUAUAGCUACAAUGCCUUAUCGGUGAUCAUUGGUCCCCCAUGAUCUUCGUUUUCUUAUGUUAAUUAAGAGCUGAUUUGAUAAGAUAACCACCUGUCAGUGAACUUGCAGGGUGGUCUUAUCCCUCCUGUAAACUAGUACAGAUGGGUUUUAAAUGCAACUAAGAGAUAAAGAUUAAAGCAACUUGAUAUUCUACCAAAUAGGAAUGCAUUUUUGUGUAUACAAGUGGGCACUGUUCAGCAUGUUUUGGGGGUACAUAGAUUUCAAACAAGAAAACAAAACUCAUUUUCUCUCCCCCCCCCCCCUAAUUUUUUAAUGGUAAAGUCUGGUUCAAGCAAAUUCAGAAUUAUUAUAUGUAAUUUUAGGGGGGGGGGGGGCAGUGGGUGACUGAUCGUGAAAAGGAUUUACAGGAUUUAAAUGGUGCCAUAAUUUUUGUUACAUGGUAAAGCGGGUAAGGGGAUGACACAGAGAUAUCAAUUGUGGUACGUUGUAAUGUGUAAGUUCUGUCGUGAUGCAGAUCUUGGGACUUUUUUUUCUUUCUUUUUCUCUUUUUUUUUCCUCUUUUAUAGUCCUGAUUAUUCUCAAUGUACAUAUUCUCUUUAGCACUGUGAAAGCAAUGUAAAGAAACGAAAGCAAUGUAAAGAAACGUAAACAAUCUUUACAUUGCAAUUGUAAAUAAACUUUUUUUUUAAUUAUUCAACUGUA